AUGCCGCGACGCCGCAGCAGCACCGCCGACCGCGAGGUCCAAGUCGAACUCGAGCCCUUCCAUGACGACACAUCAUCCUCUUCCUCAUCUCCCACAUCUCCCGACGACCAUCCCGACUCGCCCCUUCUCGAAACUACGCCGCCUUCCACCUCCUCCUCAUCAUCAUCAUCCUCCUCCUCCUCCUCCGUGCCGAAAUGGCUCUCACCACCGCCCUACGCUUCCCACCGGGGCGCCACCCGUCACCUCCUCCGCCUCGCGCACCUUCUUCGUCCACGCCGUUCCUGGCGCUCCCUCAUCUUCCAUCUCGUCGCUCUCUACGCCCUCGUGUGCUUUUUCCGCGGCGAGCCCUUUUUCGCCUCCAACCUCCCCCAUCCUUCCCACCUCGACGCCUCCGCCUCCUAUUACGAUGUCGGCACCGUCGACGUCGAGGUGCCCCUCAUCCAGCCGCGCCGCCUCUCCGACACGGCGCUGCGGUCCUCUGGCCAGCCCGCCUACCUCCUCGAGUCUGUCCUCUUUAGCCUACACUACCCUGUUGCGCCGGGUGCCCGUGCCGCCUCCUCCUCGCCCCCUCCGCAUCCCUGGCUCUCGCGGCCCGUCAGCCUCACCGCCGCCGGCUUUGCGCGCCUCGCCCACGCCGACAUUUUUUUCCUGCGACCCAUCUUUACUUUUUUGCUCUGGGCCGUUGCCGGGCGCGUCGAGAUUCGCGCCGCGGUCGAUGCCCCGCUGCUGCUGCAGACGGCCACCGACAGCAGCAGCAGCAGCAGCAAUAGCAACGACACGAGCUUCCCAGUCAUCGUCUUUUCCCACGGCAUGGCCUCGUCGCGCACAGACUACACGGCCUAUCUCGGCGCGCUCGCCGCCCGCGGCCACGUCGUCGCCGCCCUCGAGCACCGCGACGGCAGCUGCCCCGGCACGCGCGUCCAGAUCAAGGGCAAGCCGGACCGCGACGUUGUGCACUUUGACGCCCGCCACGUGCUGUCGACGCCGCCCAUGGACACGGCGACGAUGAAGAAGGAGCAGUUGGCGUUUCGCGAGGCCGAGAUCCAAGAGGCCAUCAAGACGCUGCUCGCCAUCAACGACGGCCACGGCCGCCAGGUCUACGACCAAAACUCCCGCGGCGAGGGCACCACCCUCCAGGAAUGGACCGGCCGCCUCGACUUUUCGCGUCUCGUCAUCGCUGGCCACUCCUACGGUGCCACCGGCGCUCUCCAAGCCCUUCGCCCACAUUCUUCCUCGUCCUCUUCCUCGUCCUCCUCAUCCUCCUCCAUCCCCUAUACCCCUCCCCCCGCCGCCGGCAUCAUCCUCGACCCGGGCAAAGGUUCCGGCCCUCUCAACGCCGACGUCGACGUCCCUCUCCUCGUCGUCCAGUCCGAGUCGUGGUCCCGCAUCGCGAGCCCCUUUUUCGGCCGCCCCCACUUCGACACCGUCCGCGACCUCGUCGCCGACGUCUGCAACCGCACCGCCGCCGCCUGGUUCCUCACCGCCCGCGGCACCGCCCACCCCUCCGUCACCGACGCGCCCCUCAUCGAGCCCCUCCUGCUGAGCGCCGUCACCGGCGCCCGCUGGGGCGUCCGCGACGCCCUCGCGCAGUACGUAAACGUCACCGUCGAGUUUAUUCACGCCCUGCGCACCCGCGAGCCCGCUCACGUCUUGGCCGAGGCCGUCACGCACGAGGACUACGGCGCUUGGGUCAGCAAGGAGCGCGAGGCCGCAUUUCCCAAGGAUAUGGCGCAUCUGUGGGAGGUCCAUGUCGCUCCCUAA